GCAGGCCGGGAUGGAGGAGGACGAGCUGGACUUCGCCUGCGAGCUGGAGGCGGCCUUGCAGCUGGCGCCCGAGGUGCAGCUGGCCAUCGAGCAGGUUUUCCCUAGUCAGGAUCCUCUAGACAGAGCUGACUUUAACGCUGUGGAGUAUAUUAAUACACUCUUUCCGACGGAACAAUCUUUGGCGAACAUUGAUGACGUGGUGAAUAAAAUCAAGCUAAAAAUAAGACGCUUGGAUGAUAACAUCCGGACUGUGGUGAGAGGGCAGACCAACGUGGGUCAAGAUGGCCGGCAGGCUCUUGAGGAGGCCCAGAAAGCCAUUCAGCAGCUCUUUGGUAAGAUUAAGGACAUCAAGGAUAAAGCUGAGAAAUCGGAACAGAUGGUUAAAGAAAUUACCCGCGAUAUCAAGCAGUUGGAUCACGCCAAGCGCCACUUGACCACCUCCAUCACAACACUGAACCAUCUCCACAUGCUGGCUGGUGGGGUGGAUUCUCUCGAGGCCAUGACCCGAAGGAGGCAGUACGGCGAGGUGGCCAAUCUCCUGCAAGGGGUUGUGAAUGUGCUGGAACACUUCAGCAAGUACACGGGGAUCCCACAGAUCCGGCAGCUUUCUGAAAGGGUGAAGGCUGCCCAGAACGAGUUGGGACAACAGAUCCUGGCAGACUUUGAAGAAGCUUUCCCUUCCCAAAGCACAAAGAGGGCUGGAGGACCAAGCAACGUCUUGCGGGAUGCGUGCCUGGUCGCCAAUGUCUUGGAUCCCAGAAUCAAGCAGGAAAUCAUCAAGAAGUUUAUCAAGCAGCACCUCUCUGAAUACCUCUUGCUCUUCCAGGAAAACCAAGAUGUCGCCUGGCUGGAUAAGAUUGACCGGCGCUAUGCUUGGAUAAAACGCCAGCUGGUGGACUAUGAGGAGAAGUAUGGCCGUAUGUUCCCCCUGGAGUGGUGCAUGACGGAACGGAUUGCUGUGGACUUCUGUCACAUUACGAGGACGGAGCUUGCAAAGAUCAUGCGCACGAGAGCAAAGGAGAUAGAGGUGAAGCUGCUUCUGUUCGCAAUCCAAAGGACCACCAAUUUUGAAGGGCUGCUAGCAAAGCGCUUCUCAGGCAGUACUUUGUCUGAUGUGGUGGCGAAGAAGGCUGAACCACCACCACCUUCCACCAACCCAUUCCUGGAGGAUGAAACUACGCCGGAGACAGAAGAAGCCGCGAUGGAAAAGGGCGAUGUUGACAAACCCAAAAGACCGAAGGUCCCAGAUAACCCAUUUCAUGGCAUCAUUUCCAAGUGCUUUGAGCCCCACCUCUAUGUCUACAUUGAAUCCCAAGACAAAAAUCUUAGUGAGCUGAUUGACAGAUUUGUGGGUGACUUCAAGGCCCAAGGGCCUCCCAAGCCGAAUGUGGACGAGGGCGGUGCUGUCCUGCCCAGCUGCGCUGACCUCUUUGUGUACUACAAGAAGUGCAUGGUCCAGUGUUCGCAGCUAAGCACCGGUGAGCCGAUGAUUGCUCUGACCACCAUCUUCCAGAAGUACCUCCGGGAGUAUGCUUGGAAGAUUCUUUCGGGGAACUUACCCAAGACAACCAGCAGCAGUGGCGGGCUGACCAUCACCAGCCUGCUGAAAGAGAAGGAGGGCUCAGAAGUGGCCAAGUUCACCCUGGAAGAGCUCUGUCUGAUCUGUAGCAUCCUGAGUACUGCCGAGUACUGCUUGGCCACAACCCAGCAGCUUGAAGAAAAGCUCAAAGAGAAAGUGGACACCAGCCUGGUGGAAAGGAUCAACCUGAUGGGGGAAAUGGACACCUUCAGCACAGUGAUUUCUAACAGCAUCCAACUUCUGGUGCAGGACUUGGACGCGGCCUGCGAUCCAGCUCUCACAGCCAUGAGCAAGAUGCAGUGGCAGAACGUGGAGCACGUGGGAGACCAGAGCCCUUACGUCACCUCCGUGAUCCUGCACAUCAAGCAGAACGUCCCCAUCAUCCGCGACAACCUGGCCUCCACCCGCAAGUACUUCACUCAGUUCUGCAUCAAGUUUGCCAACUCUUUUAUCCCCAAGUUCAUCAACCACCUCUUCAAGUGCAAGCCGAUUAGCAUGGUGGGGGCAGAACAGCUGCUGCUGGACACCCACUCUCUGAAGAUGGUACUUCUAGACCUGCCGUCCAUCGGGUCCCAGGUGGUGAGGAAGGCCCCUGCCAGCUAUACCAAGAUUGUGGUAAAGGGCAUGACCCGGGCUGAAAUGAUCCUUAAGGUUGUGAUGGCCCCACACGAGCCCCCGGUGGUGUUUGUUGACAACUACAUCAAACUCCUGGCUGACUGCAGCCCAGACACCUUUCAGAAGAUCCUGGACAUGAAGGGUCUCAAGCGGAGUGAGCAGAGCAGCAUGCUGGAUUUGUUCCGCCAGAGGCUCCCGGCCCCUCCAUCUGGGGUGGAGAACGCAGCCUCCAUCUCACUGACGGCCCCCACGCCCGAGCAGGAGUCUUCCCGCAUCCGCAAACUGGAAAAACUCAUCAAGAAAAGGCUCUGAAGAUGGGGGUGGUUGUUGCGCUCCCCACUGCUGCUCUGUGGGGCCUUCUGCCCCAGUCUGAGUUGGAACUCCUCAUAUGGAUAACAAAAGUUCCAGAUCCACUCCUUCCCUCCACCUGCCCUUCCUCCCCAGAUCCUCUUGGUUUGUCAUAGUCCUGAAUAUAUUCUCAGCUUCAAAACCUCCAAUUGAGAAUCUAACAAUGGUAGUCUUGUCAGCUUGUUCCACUUUGGGCUGUUGGCAACAGGCUCUCUUCUUUUGAAUCUUCCUCUAUAGGGAGGACUCUCCGAACUGUGAAUCUUUUCUUUGUGCUUGUUCUCAAUCUCCUGUUCCUUUAUAGAGGCAGGAGUAUCCAAAUAGGUGACCAAAAUCGUCCCGUAGCCUGAAAGGGAAAGACGUGCAUCAUGUUGUUCUCAGCUCCCCCCCAGCAGCUUCUCAGAGGGUUUCCCCCCAGUCCCUUCCUCUUCCUCUCCCAUUGCAGGGCCCCCUUUCCUCACAAAUUUCCUCCACAUGCCAGUGUGCAGUGCUAUUAAGGAAUCGUUGUUUGCAUGCGGGUGGGCUGUUAUAUUAACAGUGCACACGCAUGCCACUAAAAGGGAAUGCCAGAACUAAAUCCAGGUGGUGGGAAGCAGGCCCGCUGGAGCAGACGGGGGACUGGGUGCGUGUGUGCUGGAGCCAGCUUGGUAACUGAGCAGAGGGAGAUUCUGAGACUUUCAAAUUUGGUCCAUCAAGGCAGCCGCACUUGGUCUUUCAAAGAUACUCAGAAAGUACAUCUCCAAAAAUUCAAGGCAUAGCAGUUUCAUUUCUUCCCCCACUCCCUUCCCUUUUCUGUGGACUUUUUUCCUUCCCUCAUUUCCAUCUGGCUUCCUUGUUCUCAGUUGCUCCAUUUUAAGAAAUGAGGACUUGUCAGCAAGAACCCCCUUGGUGAGCUCUUCUCCCUGCUCCCACCUCUCCCCAAUAAUGUCUAGUACAGCUUACCUGUGGUGGCAGAAUGCAUGAUGAAAUUCUGGUAUGGCCCAAGGUACGUUGUACAAGAUGUUUCCCUGUGUGUACCUGCUUGUGUGUGUGUUUCAGCCCGGGGCGG